ACUGACGUGAUGGAAUUUUAAUCUGUGAUGUGCUGUACCUUUUAAAGCUUUUAAAAAGCUUUUGAAGAACACGAUAUGUACCUCAAUUUAGUAUUGAAUAAUAUAUUGCUCCAGUUCUUGACUUGUUCAGUCUUGUGACUAUUCGCAGCACUUCACUUCUGAACAGAACAGUGGUAUUUAAGUAUAUUUAGUGAUUUGAGAUAAGCUUAAAACCACUAAUUAUUGAUUCUCAAUGUUGUUAGUUUUUCAAUCAAAGCUGAGACUAAAAUAUUCCUGUUAUUGAAGACUCUUAUAAUAUUUAGUAACUAACAUAAAACACUGGCUUUGACAGGGUUUUCAGAAAACUGCAUGAUUAGCAACAUUUCAAGAUCAAAGUUAUCAAAGAAGAUCUUAAUCAAUAAUCAAUCAACCGUUCCACAGAUAUUUGGUUUUACUUCAAGAAUGAAGAGGGCUAUAGCAGUAUGCCCAGUUCUUGUAACAUUGGGGCUACUGUAUUGGUUGGAUAUGCAUCUUAUGUGUGGCAAGGAUAAUGUUACUGAUGUAUGCCAAUUGUAUAAAGAGAGGGCAGUGACAGGAUCCUUGUGUCAGGAUAUCUGUGAAACCAAGAGAAUCACCUCCACAAAAUGUAUGUCAACAACUCCUGAWAAACAARUCUACAAAGCAACWUGGGAUGAAAAAGAAAUCAUUCUUAAAAUGGUUUAUACUUCAGCAAAUAUUGAAAAUACAUUUCCAGAGUCAAAUAAUGAAGAUGGCUACAGAAAUUGGAUAGCAUCCUGCGUCAAUAUGUUGUUUGGUGACUGUGAGAAUUGCACUAAACUAACUGCAAAGUUCAUAGAUAUAGCGGAUACUAACAAUGAUGGACACCUGUCAUUCAUAGAAACAAAGACAAUUGUUCGAUUAUUACAAACGCCAGAGCCAGCAAUGUUAAUGGUUUUGAAUGGAAGUAAAGUAUCUCUUAAUUUUUAUGGCUACUGUGGCCCUCUGUAUGCUGUUGAGAAGGUAGCUGUUGUUGCCGAUACUGUAUAUGGGCUUCAAUGGAACCUCAUGGAUAUGGCUAUUUUACCAAACAUGUUUGAGCCUUUUGAAUUCUUCUUGAAACAGGCUGUAGAAAUGGCAGCAACAUUUUUCGAAACUUUCAAAAUUAUUACAGUUUAUGUUGAACCCAUGUUUCACAAUUUCAAGACAUCUGUUUCUAAAUAUUUUUUUAGAAUUCGAGUUCCAUCUAUAAGGGAAAGAUUUACUUUUGUUGGAUCUCACUUGAAUGGUAUUUUCAAUUUGUCUGAUAAUACCUAUGGCUUAGUACAAGCUUGUGACACCCAUUUGGGAAACUUUGGAUUGACAAGUGAUAAUGAGUUCAAAGUUCUUGACUAUGAUCAGGUAUUCCCGCAGCAUCAACUUCAACAUUUACUGGCAUCAAAACAGUGUUGGCGAGAUGAGGACUGCAUAAUUGGAGAUUUACAGGAAUGUAUUAGCAUUUGCAACAAAACAACAGGACAUUGCAUUGAAACUCUCAACUUUCACAUGAUACAUAAUGUGUGUUAUACUUCACUGCCUUUGGUGUUUAGCCAUGUUUAUAAGGACUUUCCAAAUAAAAACCAAACUCUUUUGAAAUGUCUUGAAAAUGCAAUCAAAGAUAUCGGAUUGGAUUGUUUAGGCAUCCCACUUGCAAAUAAUACCCAGCAAUUACGCUUGCAGAUUGAGGACAUCAAAGAAAAAUAUGUGAACUUAUCAUUAGGAAGAUUUCAUUGCAAGUUUUGAACAAAUACUUGUUUUACAUUUGUCAGUUAUUCUAUUUCACUCAUUUGUUUGUUUACAGUUUUGUUCUAAUACACAGCCUCCGUAGCAGAUGUUAUUAGCAGUUCGAUUACAGAACGUCUGCUAAGGAGUACCCUGCGAGCAGAGGAAUUUUCCCCUAUCUUCGUAGAAGGGGGUGGAAAAAUCCUCUGUUGGCAGGGUAGCUAUGGAGGCUAGUUAUAUUUGAACUUUAGACCAAACUGAUGAGGAAAAGCAAAUAUUUUAAUAAAUAUGACUUUGAGUUACCCAA